GGUGUCCCUGCCGGUCUACUGCGAGUGUGUGGAGAUGGCGGACAGCAGCACAGUUACAGUGACAGUUUCUCAUGGAAGCUCCAAACACAGCAUCACACUAACAGGACAGGAUGGAAAUGAGCCCAGGGUGAAAGACCUGUCAGAAGCCCUGGCACAAACCACUGGAGUCCCACAGGCAGCUCAGAAAAUAAUAUUUAAAGGGAAAUCCUUAAAGGAAAUGGAGGAAAGUCUGUCCAGCCUGGGAAUAAAGCAAGGAUGCAAACUUAUGAUGAUCGGGAAAAGGAAUAGUCCAGAAGAGGAGGUUGAACUCAAAAAGCUGAAAGACAUCGAGAAGUCUGUGGAACAAACAGCCAAGAAGUUGGAGAAAGUACACGGUGAACUGACAGGACUGAAAAAUGGCUUCUUAGCGAAGGAUCUGCAAGCUGAAGCUCUUAAUAAACUGGACCACAGAGUAAAAGUGGCUGCUGAGCAGUUUAUGAAGAUCCUUGAGGAAAUUGAUGCCAUGACUUUGCCUGAGAAUUUUAGCGACUGUAGGAUGAAGAAAAAGGGCCUUGUAAAAUCUGUACAGGGAUUUCUUGCUCAGUGUGACAAGAUCGAAGCCGGUAUAUCAGAUCAUCUGGCCAAAAUCCAAAACAAAAAUUUAGCCCUGACUGAAUAGUGGGAGCUCAUGAACACCGAUUACAUUAAUAUUUGCUCUGUGAGCGACUGAGGAACAAUAACACUGAGCUUCAGGACAGGAGCAGGUUCAACGGUGUUUAUUUAUAUAUUCGUCCUUUAAAGGGCAACUUUAAACAUGUCGCAGUGAUCUGAAGGUUAAACCGUAAAAUAGUGGAGAUGCUUGCAGCAGGUUCAUGCUGAAAAUUGAAUUGGUCUAAUGUUCUCCAUUGUUAGGACGUGUACUCUAUGCAGGUACUUUGUAUUAAUUUUUAUUACAGAGUACUGUAUGGUGCUUUGUAAAAGUUAUGCGCCACUCCUUAUUUCUCCAUUUACUUUCAACGAGCCAGACUUUCUUGUGUUUUAAUGUAGUCUUGGAGAAAUAGUUCUCCUGACUUCCUGAAGGACUUUUUUUUUGGCUCACAUUUUUAGUCUGUACUGUACUGUACCUGACCCGUUUCAGAGAAAUGUUUUUAAUUUGUUAUGCCACACAGUGACUUAUGAUCAUCUGUCUUUAUGAAUCAGACAUUCUGUUUGGCCUGCCGCCGGUGUGUAUUUGUCACAGCAUUUCUUACCUAAAAACAGUAGAUGGCAUCACCAUAAAUUUUUAUGUCAUCCUGUGAGGUGGUAAUAUAUCUUUAUUUGAUUUCCAGAUGAGGUUAUUAGGUCGUUGCCCGCGGGCAGAGCUUUGAGUAACCUUUUAGUUCAAGCAUAUGAAAAAGCAUAACUUAAUGCACGAUCCAGUGAGAACCAGGUGUAGAUGAAGACAGAUGAUCAGGCCGGUGAUACUGAGUGCCUAGAAUAGACGAGAGGAAAAAUAAGGUUGCUGCUGAGGUUGUUACAUAAACAUUGUUUUUAUAAACAUUAAAAUCUCUUUUUUUUAGGCACUUUGUAGCCUGUUACAAUACAAAAUAUGUUCUCAUUUAUUUAAUUAAUUCUACAUAAUAGGAUUAAAUUUAAUAUGAAGAAAUGAGGGGUGGCUUAAGACUUUUGCACCAUACUGUAUAUAAAAGUACAUAUUUUGUGUGACUUGAGUUCAUUAGGAAAUAAAUUUGGUCAAAACCUGGUGCAAUAUAUGGUGCUCCUAACUUCUCAUCAGUGUUUUGAUUCGCUUAGUGCUGGAAACCAACUUAAAUAUUCUUUUAAAACAAAAUGUGGAAUUAUUUACUGAGACAUAAAAUUGUCUAUAUUCAAGAAAAUUUUGUGCAACAGUUGCUAUUGUGUUGGAUCCUAAGCAGGGGAUAAAUGUAGUUGCAGCUUUAUUAUGCUUUCAAAGUCUUUGCUUCAAACCAUUUUAUAUGGUGUCUGUAAUGUAGCUUUUACUGCAAUGUAUUUGCUGUUGUAAAUUAGGAAGCUCUGUCAUACUACAAAUCGUGUACUAUCAGAUAUUAGUCAUGCCAAAUCGCAUCAUCAGGUUUGUGUACAUAUUGCUUUUCAUGAAAUUAUGAUGCCUUCAAAAUGAAUUUACCACUACUCAAGUUUUUAAAUAGAUGAGUUCUAAAAUGUACUUGUAAAAAGAAUAUUACAUUUGAUCUUUAAGUGGUUCAAGAGCUUUGGUAUUUUCUUGUAAUCAUCAGUAACCUUAGAGAAAAUCCACCCGAACUUGGACAAUUACAGGAUUUUUGUGUGAGUUUUACUGUCUGUUUUGAUGAUUGAGUGAUGUCCUGUUCAUGGUGUAUUUCUGCCCCAUGUUCUUUGGACUGAUUCAUUGUCUACAAUUGACCUUAGCCUGGAUAAAUAGGUUUCAGAAAAUAAUCAGUUAAUACUUUUUUUCCCUAUAUAACUUGCAUCACAAAAUCAGUGUUUAUUUGAGCAAAAUAUGUUCAGGUUUUAGGCUAAUAAUUAAUAAUAAACUUUGGUAAUAAAAGGUGUUAGACCAUAACAGCAAAGUUUAUUUACUCAAGUUAGUAAAAGAUUUUGUAUAAGUGUAAUGCCAUUUAGCCAGCUGCUUUACCUGUGCUGAAUGAUGCUGAAUGUUCAAAAUGUCUUUACUACUCCUUGAAAAGUUUGACUUGGAUUGCAUUGAUACAGGCAGUUUCACUAUGAUAGUUUAUGACCGCAAUCGCAUCAAUAGUUUAAGGCCUGAAAUUACCAUGAACAGUUUUGUACCCAAAUCCCCAUCAGUUGGUAACCUAACCAAUGUAGACUUAAUAUCAAUGCAAAAACAUAUUUUCUGUUAUACAUUUGUGACACAAUUACAAAAGUGAUUUUAUGGUGAUUCUAUUUGGUAUCACCUAAAAUGAGGACCUCCUAUUGAGUCUGGUUGCACACAAGGGUACUUCCUCAUGUCAUACCACAUUGCCACUGUCACCUCUCUGCUUGCUCUUUAGGAAUAAAUAUUUUUUUU